ACUAGGUAGUUUAAAAGGAGGAGAGAAAUAUCUUACCACACUGGAAUGGUUUGCGUAAAGGGCGCAAAACACGGAACUUCAGAGCGGGGUUAUGGAUCAUUUAUCCAAAUAAAGGCUGUUUGUAGUCUGCAACUAACGUUACCUUUGUGAAGGCUGAUGGAAGGUGACAACUGCGUCGAAAACCAACUACAUUCAUGUCCAAGGGAUUUGGUUAAACCAAUGAGUUUAGUCAUGGAUGAUCAUGGAUCCCAGCCACAUCCACGGAGCUCUGGUCUGAGGGUGUCGACCAAAAGCAAAGCACCAUCCCCGCCAGGACUAAAGUGUCUGGAUUCCCCAGGUUUCUCCCAGUGGUACCCAGGAAACCCUCAUUUUACCAUGGAUCAGAAGGAGAACCUUAUUGAUAAAGACCUCUCUUUGGUUGUGGUUCUACCUGGCGGAGAAGAAAAGACGACCGUAGUCAAUGGAAGCCAACCCCUAAUGGAUCUAUUAGUGACGCUUUGUGCAAAGUAUCACCUGAACCCAUCGAGCCACACCUUAGAACUGGUCACCGCCAACAGCAAGAGCACCAAACUCAAGCCCAAUGCUCUUAUAGGAACGUUGGACCCAGAGAAGAUCAUAAUUAAACGUAAAGGGGAGGAUAAAAAUAAGAAGACAAGUCCUCAGAUGCCUGAGGCAACUGUUCGAAUGGUGAUAAACUACAAAAAGAUGCAGAAAACUGUACUGCGAGUCAGUCCUCGAGUUCCCCUGGCUGAACACUUACCGGCCAUCUGUGAGAAAUGUGAAUUUGACGUGGAGACUACAGUUCUGUUGAGAGAUGUCCAAUCACUGGCCCCUUUGGAUGUGUCCCGCUCUCUUAAUGAUUAUGCAAUAAGAGAGGUUUAUGCAAGAGACACCAAAGGACAACCUGCUUCUCCUGUGUGUCCAGCCUCGCCAUCUCAUGCAGUCACGCCGGGCAAAGAUAAAUAUCAGAAAGAAGAAGAAAACAAAGGCCUCUUCAGCAAGUUUAGAAAAAGCAAGAAAAGAUCUGACCAGGGAACGACAGCCAGUGCCCCAGCUUCUCCUGUGCUUGUGAGCAAGCCUCGACCUCUCAGCAUGGCCUUACCCAGCACCAAUUUGUCUCCGAUCAUCUCCUCUACUAUACCCACCGAUGUGCCAAAGAAGAGACGUGCACCCGCGCCCCCUGUCCUUGUGUCUCAGAGCUGCCCCUCGGACAUCAGCACUCGCCCGAGAUUCAACUCUGAACCUAAUGACCAACUGGACAGUGACCAGAUGGUUGGUUUAAGCCGUGGUUCUUCAGCAGAGUCUUCACUAAAGAGAACCAAGCGCAAAGCUCCUCCACCCCCCACAUCCUCUAGUGCUGUUGUCCAAGAAACAGUCCCUCUAGAUGAAAAUUUGCCAGGAGAUGCAUCUGCUAACACACUGGAGGAGAUUAUGGAGCAAGAGGAAAGCACUGCCUCUGUAAUGUCUGCAACUGCUAGUGAUACCCAGGGAGAGGACAGCAGCCUCAACAUGUCUGCUGAUGUUUCAUUGCAUUCCCCGUCCCCAGAUACUGAGAUACUGAGCACAAUGUCCGUUGAGGGCAAUGGGGAAGAUCAAUCUUGUGAUCUGUCCUCAGAUGGCAAUCAACUGCAGAGCACAGUGAAUGAUUCUGCAACUCUGAGUGAUGUGAAGACAACUGUUGGCACAGACUCAUCUGACGUGGCAGAUACUAAUAGUGAUCCACGUCAAGUCCAACAGCUGAUCACACCGGAAAGUGUCGAAGGUGUUUGCAGUACUUUACCCAGCAGCCUCCCUCCCACUUUGAUGCAGGAUGCAGAAGCACAGAUCUCUGUUCAGGCAAACACUGAAAUCCUCUGGGAGCAGACUGACAGGUUGGAGAGCCCAGAGACCACCAGCACAUCACGCCCCACUGGAGAGGAUGCUCAAGUGCAAACAGAUUUCACACCAUCGCCUGUGCCUCCACAAGAACACAUUGUAGUUCCUUCCCCAGCUAAUGCGCCUGCCUUUGAAUCUGCGGGAAAGACAGAUAUGGCCACUUUGACGGAGGAACUGGACCCGCCUGACCUCAAACACGCCUUAUCCCACACCUCAGAGACGUCAUCAUGCCAAGACUCAACACCCAGCGCCCCUGCCACAACAAAGGCACCGUCUAUGUAUGCCACAAACUCUGAGCCAAAGCCCAAGCCUUCCAACGAGCUGACAAGGGACUACAUACCCAAAGUGGGGAUGACAACGUAUACUAUCGUGCCUCAGAAAUCUCUGGAGAAACUUAGAUAUUUUGAGGUUGCACUGACACUGGAGAUGCCUGCAGGUCCAGAAGAGGGACUUAAUAUUGGUUCUCUUCAGUUGGAGGAGUGCACAGAACCAAGUGGACAGACAGAGGUCUUAAAGGAAAAAAGUGAGCUGCACUCUGCUAUACCCAGGGAAGAUUUACUGACUAGCACUACUACUACCCAAGGCACUGUUAAUGGAAGUAUACCUGAAUCCAUUCAUUCCUCAUCACCAACAAAUUUACCUAAAGCAGAUGACAAGAUCUCAUCCUCGGCUGAUGGAGCUUCUCAAACAGGUUCACCGGCGGAGGUCAAGGAGAAGAAAAUUCCACCCGCAACAAAACCUAAGCCUGGUUCUUUACGCUUGACACAGCACAAAAAAAACCCUGGGUAUUAUGUAACAUCAGCGGCAGAAAAGAAUCUCAGUGCCAGUCCUGACUCUGGCCAGAGGGAGGCUCAAGGAAGUGCAGAGAGAGCAAAGUUACCACACCCUCCUCCACCUCCUGUGCAGUGUCAAGAGGAGACGACAAGGGCCACUAAUGCUGAGCUGAGCACUAAAGGGCAUGACAAGAAUGUAGCCAUCAUGCGAAUGACUAGGCAAAGUAGUUUGCCAUGUAGAGACUUAAGCUCAGGGUUAAGCUUGGAAAAAUUAAGGAGCUUUGCAGCCCCUAGGCCCUAUUCUCCUGCGACACCAUCCCGCUUCGCCCAGGCAGUGUCCUCUGCUGUGAGAAGAAGCCAGUCCUUAUCCCAUGGACCAAAGUCGCCUCAAUCGCCUGUUUCACCACCCAUCUCCCCAAUUACAAGUCACUCAUCAGUCAUAGAGACGAAAGAAUUAUCUAAGCACAAGGACGAUGAAAAUACAGAGGUGGAUGGUGACAAAGGCUCCACUCUGCAGGGUGUAGAGGGUAAACCACCAGCUUUUAGUGGGAAUGGUCAAAAGGAAGGAGACAACAUGCCAUAGCAGUGCCUUAAUUCUUCUGAAAGUAUCUACUGAGGAGCUUAUCCUGUCUACUUUGAGUCUCUAGAACCCUUUAUCCCAUGACACAGAAGCAGAAACUGUCUUUUGUUUUACCUCUCGUGGUAGAAGUGUACAUAAAAUGAUGCAUUAUGAUCAUUAAUAAUUGCUGUAUUUUGUUUUGUUUUUCUCAUGUCAUUAAGUAAUAUCCCAAGCUGACCUGCAUAUUGUAAUGCUUCUCUUUUAUUUUAUGUGAUGACUAUCUUGCAUUUAAUGCAUUACUGUUGUGAGUGAACAAGAACCUUAAAUGAGUACAAUUCUAUAAGUUAUUAGACUGAUCUCCACAGUUGUAAUAUUAUUUGGUUUAUUCAGAAAAUGUCUAAUAAUAAGUCUAAAUAAUACUGGAUGUGUAGGAGAGACCAGGUCUGACCUAUGGUACUCGAAUGCUCCUUAGACUAUACAUCAAAUCUAUAUUUAAAUAUUACAGAGUUUUGAUUAAGCUAUAUGCAGAAAUACACUGAUGUGCACAGUUCACCUGUUGUUCUCCUCAACCAGUGUUGUUACAAAUAAACUUUUUAUCAUUCCA